UCUUUCUUUCUUUUUUCUUCUCUCUUCUUCUCCUCCCUUUGUUCUCCCCCUCGAGUCCAGCAUAAACAUGUAAUUUUUGUAACGUGUAACAUGUAACAGUGUUUAUCUGGAUAAACACUGUUACAUGUCACACUUUCCAUGGAAGCUCAUCCCACAGUCUCAACUCCACCUCCGUCUUGCCUCCCUGAUGGAUAUCCCUGCUACGCUCUCCGUCAGUGAUGGUGGUGAUGACGUCAUGUUUGUUUACACACUGCUACAUGACGCACCGGCAGCACGAGGAGCGCAGCGUUAUAUAACAAUGUUACAUUGUGUAAAUUUAGAUUUUUACUUCUAGAAUAAUCUCUGGCAGAUUCUAAAAUUUAGAUUUGCGCAUGAUCUGGGUGUUUAUUUUUGUUUGUUUACCGAUAGGCUAUAAACGCUACAGACAAGUUAAAUUAGGCUGCCUAUAAAGAAAUGUCCAAUUAAAUUCCUUGUUCUUGUGGUAGGCUAUAUGUUAUGAAUAUUUUUUCAGGUGAAGGUUGACAGUUGUUACGUGACAGGGAGUGUGUAGCUGAGGCAACAGCUGCAGUCUCAGAGCACUGCACGCGCUCUGUUGUCACCGGAGGGGGGCGGGAGUCUCUAUACAAGCCGCCCGCAGCGGGGUUCCCGCAGGACACAGCGCACACAUGUCCAGCUCACCUCCCCACAUCCACGGCGGUGAAGAGGCGCCGUCACCGCGCCAUACCGUGGAGAACGGCUUUGAGGAUGAGGAUGAGGAGGACCAUCUUGACGACGAGCUGGACGCGUCCCACCUGGAAAGGUUUAUGAGAGACCGGAGGAGAGCAAAGUCCCUGCCGGCGUACCCGGGGGCGCUGCUGGACGGAGACUCUGGGAGGAAGCGGGUGAAGUUCGCCGACUCCAUGGGGCUGACGCUGGCCAGCGUCAAGCACUUCAGUGCGCAAGAGGAACCGCAGAUCCCCAGCAAAGUUCUGUCUCGGCACCGGAGCUUCCCCCCGCAGCAGCAGGACCCCCUGAACGACUUCUGUCACAACUUCAGGUCCAGCUUGGACACGGACCGAUUGGUGGCCUGCUUCCCGGAGCUCCAGGACGCGGACCGGAGAGUCCAGCAGCUGCGGGUGUGCCUGGAGAAGGUCGUCAUCACGCAGUUUGACGUGCGUGGGCAGAUCAGAGUCUUGGGAGGCGGCACAGUGAAAGAAGUUGGGUUGAGGUACACCUUCAACGGGUGGCUGUCGUAUGUGGACGCGCAGGCUUUGCCUGUGGCCGUGGAUCAGCCAAGCUUUGAAGGAGAGCGGUUCAUCUUCACCAUGUACACGCCGCCCUUCAUGGACCCCAGCUCGGCCGUGCAUUUCGCCGUUUACAUGAAGUCCGAGCAGGGUGAGUUCUGGGACAACAACGGGGGAGAGAACUACACGCUCCGGUACCGCUGCCUGUCCGGGGACACGCCGUUUCACAGCGCGGCUUUCCACGCCACCUGAGCAGGAGAAAUCUGCACGUGCAGCUGCAGAUGUGAGGAAAAGACAUCAUCCUUACUACCGCGUCCUUUAGUGCGUUUUUCAUCACACCUCCUAAUGUGUUUCUAAGGGACAAAACAACUCAGACUACUCCACGUCUCCUCAAGUGGAUUGCAGUCUCUCUCACGUGACACAAACAGGAAGCUUGGUCAAAAAAGUGCAUGUCCUUACAUACCCCCCAAAAUCUAAGUGUCUCCAAGAAAAAGCACGUAGAUCAACUUAUAAGUGUAAUUUAAAGAUCCAGUUCCAGAAGAUCCAGAAAAUGCAAGAAUUUUUUUUUUUUUUUUUUGGAAGUAUCAUUAAAAAGAGAACCAUUGUGCUCCCAAAGUGAGGCACCCCAAGCUGCAUGGCCUUCCUCCUACUUCAGAUGCUCAGAAGGGACAAACCUGAGGCUGCUUCUAGAGGGAACCCUUUACAUUUUCCCUGGACUAGAUGGGGCUCUUUACUUGGUUGCAGUUUGUACCCUAUGACUGGACUUUUAAGGACAAUUCAACAACCUAAUGAGACAUCAUACUUGUCAAUAAGUAGCUUCAUGUGUGCACCAGAAGACAUGUUGUUUGUUUGUGUUAGAGGGAUGACGUUCGCCUGUUUGUUGGCAAGAUGACCACUUGGAUCAAGGAUACAACUAGCUUCCAUAAUCAAACAACCAUGGGCACAAAAUGACAGAAACAACUACAUUAUCAAAAUUUGAUUUAUUGAAAACAAACUUGUGAAAUUUUGGAGCAGAUAACUUUUGUUAAAAUUGUGAAACACAGCACUGACCUUGGCAGAAGAUGAGCUCUCUGAGCCUCCUUUUUGUUUGGGUUUUUUUCAUGUUAUUGACUCGUAGUAAAAUAUUUUUUUGCAGCUUGGAGUCAAGUUUUUGGGUUGAUGAGAAACAGAAUUAGAAAACCGUUUCUGGAAAGCUCCUGUUGGCAGAGAAAAUACUGCUCAUCUAAUUUCCUUCACCAACAGACCAGCUUCAUCAGGAAAUGUGUUAUGACAUUAGUGUUACGAUCCAUUGAGUAUUAUCGACACUGCAAAACUCAUUUAAAAACAAGCAGAAAAAGUUAUAAAAUUGGGUUUUUACAACAGAACAAUAAAAUUUAUUUGCCAAGGUUUUCAAAAAAAGUAAAAUUUUCAACUUUUAGGAACACUUGAACAAAGGUUUUGUUAAAAGAUAUAUUCAAAUCUAUGUUUAAGGUCGACUUGACUAACGUCUGAUCUUUUAUUCAGGGCAGUAUAGACAUAAAUUCAGUUACUUCUGAUUUGUGUUACUUCCAUAUGUAGCCCUACAUCAGAAAUGGUAAAGCCUAUGAGGCUUUCAGCUUACAGGCUGCUAAAGCUAUCCAUUUAGCAGUAGCAGAUAAACACCUAAAUAGAAUAAAACUUUAUUUGUCAUUGCAACAGCUGCAACAAAAUUACAAAAGCUAAAGCUUACCUAUUACUAAAGUUACUGAUGUAGCAGUAGUAACAACUAAAACAGAUAAAGCUAGCCAUUUAACAAUGGCAACUCAAAACCACUAAAGCUAGCCAUCUAGCAGCCAUGGCUAAAAUACCUAAAGCUAGUCAUUCAGCAGUAGCAGCUAAAACAUAUAAAGCUAGUCAUCUAGUAGUAGCAGCAAAAGUAGCCAAAGUUGUCCAUCUAGCAGUUUUGGCUAAAACAGCUAAAGCUAGUCAUGUAACAAUAGCAGCUAAACAGAUAAAACUAGCCAUUUAGCAAUGGCAACUAAAAACAGCUAAAGAUAGCCAUCUAGCAGUAGCGAUUAACUAAAGUUGUCCAUCUAGCUUAGGCUGUCCAGCUUAAUAUUUGCAACUAAUUUGUGCAUCUCAGUCUAAUUUCCUGAUUGUUUUCACUAAUAUGAUGUUUUCUGUUGUUAAUACACAGAAAUGAUAUCCAGUGUACACGUAUGGUCUUUUAGAGAGUUGUCAGGUUCACACAAGCUAAAGUUAUGGUUGUGGAUCAUUAAAUUUAAACUAUACUGAAUUAGAACAAUCAGGCAAUGUAAGCAUAACCUUACUAAGAUUUAGAGGCUCAAAGUGCUUGAUGCAAGCAAAAUGUCCUGGGAAAAAUAAAUAUCUUUUCAAGCUAAAAACAGACAUGCAGUAUGUUGUAUUGAUUUAAGAUAUUUAUUCUCACGUUAGGACUUAACUUCUGCAUCCAAAGUCUUACACUUGUGGGAAGAGAGCAAAGUAGAAAACUGAUAGGAUGUUUAAAAGCUGUGCAGAGCAAAUUCGUAAACGAUCUAAUCAAAACUACCCCCCCCCCCCAGAUGUGUUAGUUAAAAUCUACAGUUUCAACUCAGGGCAAGAGCAUUAAUGUCACAAGUGCGACAGAAGCUGCACUGCUAAGUAAUAAAAUGUUCAGGUACAGGUUUUGUUUUUCAGCCUUUAAAUGAAUGUAGCUUUUACAGGAUUGGUGGUAAGAAUCUGUUGCUUUUUUCUUAAGA